GCCACCUGCUACCGGAGGAAGAGAGUCCUUAAGCAUGGCAGCGAAGCCCAAGCUUCACUACUUCAAUGGCCGAGGCAGAAUGGAGUCCAUCUGGUGGCUCUUGGCUGCAGCAGGGGUCGAGUUUGAAGAAGAACUUUUUGAAACAUGUGAAGAAUUUGGGAAAUUAAUUCAAAGCGGAACUCUGAUGUAUGAACAAGUACCCAUGGUUGAAAUUGAUGGAAUGAAUCUGGUAGAAACCAGAGCUAUCCAACGAUACCUAGCUGCAAAAUACGACUUGUAUGGAAGAAACCUACAGGAACAAGCCUGGAUCGACAUGUAUGUGGAGGGCUUAAAGGAUCUGAGUGACAUGAUUAUGUUCUUUCCACUCUCUCUGCCUGAAGAGAAGGAGAUGAAUCUUGAAUAUAUCCUUGAAAGAGCCACUACAAGAUUCUUCCCUGUCUAUGAGAAGGCACUAAGAGACAAUGGGCAAGAUUUUCUUGUGGGCAACCGGUUGAGCUGGGCUGAUAUACAGCUCCUUGAAGUCAUCUUAAUGGCUGAAGAGUGCAAACCCAGUGUCCUCACAGGCUUCCCUCUGCUACAGGAGUUCAAGGCCAGAACCAGCUGCAUUCCCACAAUUCACAAAUUUCUCCAGCCUGGAAGCCAAAGGAAGCCUCCACUAGAUGAAGGCUCCAUUGAGACCGUGAAGAACAUAUUCAAAUUUGAACGUGGCAUGUUUCUUAAAAACAUGGCUACUAUAGUAGCUGAGUAUUAACAAAUCAAGAGGUCUAAUGGACUCCACACGUUUCACUUCACAUUUGUAGGCAUACCCAAAAAGGUAUCGUAAGGUCAAGUUGAUAAAGAUAAGCAAAAGGAAAUAAACUACCUAACA